CCUCUCGCGGCGGCGGCGGUUCGCGUAGCGGUCCGGUCCGGCGCCGGCGCGCCCUCUCGUACUCGUUUCAAAAUAGAAACCAAGAUUAAAAACUAGCGAAGUAACAACGCAAAAUACUGAGUGACACCCAUUUUCUUUAUUGUUCGAAAGUAAGCCUGAUUUAUUUUGACACGGCGAGGUAGCCCUAAAUAGAAAGAUGGACAAAGAAUUUCAGAGAGAGGCAAAGAAAGCUGGGCUGUUUGACGGACCGAUGUCAUCUUGUGAAGCAGAACUACAAGAACUCAUGCGACAGAUUGACAUUAUGGUCCACAAUAAGAAGACAGAAUGGGAAGCUGACCUUGAGCGGGUUAAAGGUCAACUGAGGUCACGGGAUCAAGAAGUAGUGACUCAGCGGGCUAUGUUAGAAUCCAAGCACCAAGAGGUUGGUCGUCUUCGACACCAACUAGAAAGCGCUGAAGGAGAAAAGCAAUUGUUGUCGUCCCAGUAUGAACAGAAACUCAAACUGCUAAAAGCACAGCUGUCUAACUUACAGAGAGACUACGAGAAAGUGGAGAGGCAUCACAGUAAGCAUGCAGUGGGUGCCGAGAGAGAGAAAAACCAGGUUAACAUUCAACUGCAAGAUGUUCAGAAUCAAGUCAGGACGGCCCAAGCAACAAUCCUGGAUCACCAGAACAAAGCCAGUGAGUGGGAGAUACAGAAGAGAGUUUACAGACAGCAAAUAGAAAGCUUAGAAACUCAGAGGAAGACAUUAGCUGACAAAUGUCAAUUGAUCCAGCAACAGUCAGAAGGUUAUCAAGAUCAACUGACCAAUCAACGUCACUUGCUGGAGCAAACAGAGCUGAACUUCCAAUCACGCCUUACCCACCUGGAAGGAAGCCUGACACGCUGCCAGGAUACACAUGAAGGGAAGAAUGAUGUCAUCCAGCGGUUGGAGGAGAGAUUACAUGAGAUGAAUGGCAGCAUGAGGGUCGGGGAAGGGGAGAGGAUGGAGGUGGAGGAGAGAUGUAGGAAGUUGGAGAAUCGUCUGAAGUGUUUGGAUGAUGAAAAAGCAAAAUUGACUUCAGAGUUAGAAUCGCGAGACGAUCUGAUCGAAGAGGCAGAGAGAGCUAUGAAACAACACAAACUAAAGAUUGCAAAGAUGGAGGAAUCAUUAGCACUCAAGGAUGACAUGAUCAGGUCACUCAGAGAAGAUAGUGGGCAGGAGGCAAUACAUCGAAUCCAUGAGCUACAAAGUCAGCUGGAACAAGUGGAGAGGGAUAAUGCCCGAUGGCUGCGCACUGAGGCACAGCUGCAGGAAGAUAGACACAGACUGCAAACCAGGUUGGACAAGUCUCAUUUGGAAUGUGCACGGCUUAAUACAGAACUGGCUACCAAGAUAGAUGAAUUACGACAUCUAGAAGGUACAGGAACACAGCAGCUACAGGAACAACUGGCUAAGGAAAAGGCAUGUAGCAAUGAGCAGGAGCAGCGUUAUCUGUCUCACCUAGAUGGCAUGAGGUCAGAGGUUGCCGCGUUGACUUCCGACCUUCAUCUCCGUGACAAUACCAUAGCAACAUUGAGUCACAAGCUGGCGUCUAUGGAGAGGAAGGAGAGGGAGGAAGAGCAAAGAGCAGAACGGCAUCAGCAUGAACUACAAAUAACGAAUGCCCAACUGGAUGCGUUGCGGAUCGAGAACCGGAGCUUAAGAGAAACUAGUAGCAAUCAAGAAGUGACUGCUAAUUCAUCAGAGUUGAUGAAUGCUGAAUCCCAGUUACAGGAGUUGGGAAACCUGCAUACACAGCAUAUGAAGACCUCACAAAUAUUACAGGAUGAGAAUAAUAUGCUGAAGAGGAAGCUGACAUCACUAACCCAGCAGCUGCUGGAAUCAGAAACAGCCAAUGAUAUCAAGUAUCAAGCAGCCAUCCAACAAUCAUACGUCAAGGUAGCGGAACUUAGGCAGGAAUAUGAGAGAAAGCUGGAAAAGCUGUCUGAACACCAGAGUCACAACACGGAGAUGUUGCAAUCACAGCUAGACACAACAGUGCAGCAGGACGAAGCUGAGAUCGCUAGACUGAGGGGCAUGUGUGCAGCACUGAAGAAGCAACUCAAAGAAAAGACACACUCACUUAAUCGGUUGCAAGGGGAACAUUCUGCAAUGGCCGGCUUUGUCAAUAACGUCCAAACCAUUGCAUCCUCCCCAGCCAAGUCCUUGAACCAUUUGUCAUCUCAUUCGUCACUCCAUCUGUCACCCAAUCGCUCACGGUCUCUGUCACCCCAAGCAUCCAACCAUUCAUCAACCCUUCGCCCCAGUCAUUCCUCCAGCACACCACAUGCCCGGCAGCCAUUGCCGGCUGCUAAGAAGUUGUUUGAGGAUGACUAUGAGUCAGCAGCCAUAACAGAAAUGUUGGGCUUUCCUGAGCUAGUUAUCCCAACCAAUGAGUGGCAGUCCAAAAGGCCAGAUUCUAGACAGUCCAUCACAGCUAGCUUUGUAGCCGAGGACCUACGCAGGACCAAAGAUCUGGAGCAACUUCUAGAUGAUCACAUUGCCGAUCUGGAACAGCAGACAGAAGACACGAUACAGAGGAGACGAAUGGCAGGAGAUGGAGGAGAUCCAAACAAUCAUAGGACUGACAGUAAUAUGACAUGAACAUCAGUCACAACAAGAAUCCUGGAAUAUUAUUACCUCAGCUGUGCAUAUAUAUAAUUCCUGUCUUUAUUAACAAAACAAGACGUGUCAAGAAAGCCUAGGUCAUUAAAGUCACAAUCACAGGAUUCAUUGAAUAGCAAAGUGAGAAGACAAUAAGGCAAGGCAAUAGAACUGGAAAACCAUUAUUUAAGAUGAAAAACAUUAAUCGAUUAAAGAUAACAAUUCAAUGAACGAAAACUUUAUCAAGGGAACUGGAAAUGGUCAUGAAAGAAGUUCAGAAGGAAAGACAAGAGGGAUCAGUCACCCACUCUGUCGAUCCAGAUACAAGUGUUGUAUACAUGUAUUUGGAGUAGAAUAUUACAAAAGAUAAUGGAUUAAAGAUACACAAUACAAUAUAGGGACCAUUAGAAAUGGUGCUUGUAAAAGAUAUGUAUUGUGGCUGGGAAAAAGUUUCUUGUUAAUUCAAAAUGUGCAUGGUUAUUUUUAUCUGGCACACUGUAGGCAAUGUACAUUUCACAUGAAAAUGUUUAGAUGUAUAAGGUUUAGCUAUGGGUUUACUUAUAAAUAGCUACAUAACAACCAAGUAGAUCCUUGUCAUUUGAUUCGUGGAUUGUAGGUCAUGCGGCAUUCAUUAAUCGAACCAUUGCACGGCCUACGUCAUAACUAUGCAUUUUGGUUCUAUUCACCUUGCAUUUUCAUCCCAUCCCUUUUGAUCUUUUGCACGCCGCGCGCACGCUUAGACGCGCAGUGGCCCAGGGCUAUAGAUCUUUGCGCUAUUUAGACCAUAUCAUGCAUUAAAAACUUGCCUUUGAAGUUGAUGCAGUUGUCUUGAUGAUUUUUUUUGGCUUUGUUUUAUGAACUUACAAUGUUAAUUUUCAAUAUUGUCAAUGAUUUGACUUUUAAACCUUUGUAAGCCUUGAACAAGCUAAAGAAAACUAGUGGAUAUGAUACAAACCUCCAAUCGAAUGACAAAGAUCUACUUGGAUGUUAUAAAAAAUAAUGAAUGUGUUUCAUUCAUUUCGCCUCGUUAAAUUAAAUAUUCAAUCUUUCAACUCAUGAAAAUAUUCUCACCAUUGCACUCAUAAAUAUUCAUUAUUUGUAUAUUUUACAACGCCUUAAUAAAUCCCUAUCAUCUGAUUGAUAGAUCACAGGUCAUUAAAAUAUUCAUCCCAACCCACAUCCCAGCAGCACUGCAAGAAGCUCCAUUACACAGUAUAGAAGUUAUAUUGUACUGCAUGUAUUACAAUCAGAUUAUGAAGAUUUAUUCAUUCAAUGUAUAAAACAUAUCUUUCAUAUUCAUGUAAUUGAAGGAAUAAUUUCAUUUUUGUGACAGAUGAAAAGUUCCAUCCACUUGGUUUGCCUCGUGGAAUGGAACAUUCCAUCUGUCACCAAAUGAAAUUAUUCUUACCAUUGCACUCAUAAACAGUCAUCAUUUGUAUACCAUUUUCUCUGAAAUUAACCAUGUUGUGUUUGUUUUAUUACACCUCAUAGUACGUUUUAGCUGCAACAGUAAACACAAUUCUUUGAGAAAUAAAAGGAUUUUUCCAUCGUGAAAUUUUAGUAUGAUACCACAAGCAAUCGCACUUAAAAGAGCUUAUGUUACAUAUUGGGGAGUCAAGCAGCUCGCAAACCUAUUGUGUAAAUUUAUGGAUGUGCUCUCCCAUGAGACUUGAGUGGUCCUAUUGUAUUUGAACUGUGUGUGCUAAUAUUUUCCGUCCAUAAAACGAGAAUCGUUAAUGUCGGGCCUCUCGAUUUUUGUUCAAACUUAUGAUACCUAGGAAUACAUACAUUAAUAUAGUUUAAUUUUUAUUUCACCAUUUAAAGAAAUGUGUAAAGUAUGUUUUCAGAAUCUAAUCUUCCAAAACCAAAAUUGAAAUUUAUAGAAAAUGUCCUUCUGUGCAGUGAAAUUGAAAUUGAUGCAUUACACAUGUCAUGUUUUGCAGCAUGAACUUGCUUGCUGUAUGUUGAAUGGAAAUUGCAUUUUUUCUUUUUUUUCAUUAGAAUAUAUAUAUUGUUAUAUUUGUAUGACUGAAAUAAAAUUUCAGUGAGGGUUAAUACA